AGAGAGAGGGAGAGUCAGUAAAGACAACGAAGCGGCAGUGAAAGAACAGGCAGUCUGACUGAGGAGGGGAAAAAAGAGGGAGCGUGAGAGAAAGAGAGAGAGAGAGGGAGGAAGAGAGAGAGAGCAAAGAAGUGAGCGCUCUCAGUGUCAGUUACAUUCUAGCCACGGACAGCUGCCGUGUUGGAGCCAGAAGAGGAGAGGGAAAGAGAGAGAGAGAGUUCUCACAGCUGAGAGAGGAAGAGAAGAGAAGAGUAGAGAAAAGAGUAGAGAAAAGAGAAGAGAAGAGAAGAGAAGAGAAGAGAAGAGAAGAGAAGAGAGAGAAAUCUUUUUGGGUGAAAAAUGGAUUCUGAUUCCGGGGAGCUGAGUGAAGGAGAGCUGUCUCCAGGUCCAGAGACCUUCAACUCCAAGUCCUUGGCCCUCCAGGCUCAGAAAAAGAUUUUGAGUAAGAUGGCCACCAUGGCAGUGGCCAACCUCCUGACGGAUGACACCAGCAGCGGUAUCCUGGACGAGCUGUACAAAGCCAGUCGCGAGUUCACCAAAAGCAAGAAGGAAGCACACAAGAUCAUCAAGGACGUCAUCAAGAUCGCUCUGAAGGUGGGCAUCCUCUACCGGAACCAUCAGUUUGGGCCUGAGGAGCUGGAGACCGUGGAGCGCUUCAAAAAGAAGAUGAACCAGGCAGCCAUGACGGUGGUCAGUUUCUACGAGGUUGAAUACACCUUUGACCGCUCAAUCCUGUCUGAGAUGCUCCUUGAGUGCAGGGACCUCCUCCAUGAGCUGGUGGAGAACCACCUGACAGCCCGAUCCCACGGCCGCAUCGACCACGUCUUCAACCACUUUGCAGAUGUGGAGUUUCUCACUGAGCUCUACGGCACCGCCGAGGAUUACAGACUCUCUCUGAGGAAGAUUUGUGAUGGCAUAAACAAACUCCUGGACGAGGGUGUACUUUAGCCAGCAUCUGUUCCUCUUCUUCACUUUCUCUCUUUUCUCUGCUUUGCUGUAAAAAAAAAUGGACCAAGAAACAUGACAGGAAGUGUCAAGAACCUUUUACCCUAGUGACUUUAAGGAUGUUUUAAAGUGCAAACGGCUGUUAAAGCUAAAAAAAAAAUCUGUGCCAACUGUUCCUUUACUUGGGAGGGUAAUAGGUCUUUAGAUUCAGUAGUGUCAGUAGGUCUGUCAACCCCUUAUGGUCAGUGUUUUUUUUAGAUUUUAGAGGAUCAUGUUUCCUUAAACCUCUUUGGUUUAAGUCCCUUAAAAAGAGUCAAUGGUUCCUCAGACUCAGCAGAUUCAAUAGGGUCUAUGAUUCUUCAGAUUGAAUAGAGUCAACCAUUCUCCAGAUUUAAAAGAGUCAAUGAUUUUCCAGAUUCAAUAGAUUCAAUAGAGUCAUAGAUUCUCAAAAUUCAACAGAGUCAAUGAUUCUCCAGAUUCAAAAGAGUCAAUGAUUCUUCAUAUUCAAAAGGGCCAACAAUUCUUCAGAAUCAGUAGGGCCAACUAUUCUUCAAAUUCAGUAGGACCAACAAUUCUUCAGAUUCAGUAGGGCCAAUGAUUUUUCAGUGAUUCUUCAGAUUCAAUAGAAUUAAUUGGGCCAAGAUUCUUCAGAUUCAGUAGGGCCAACGAUUCUUCAGAUUCAAUAGAGUCCACCAUUCUUCAUAUUUAAGAGUCAAUGGUUCUCCAGAUUCAACAGAGUCAAAGAUUCUCCAAAUUCAAAAAAAGUCAAUGAUUCUCCAGAUUCAAUAGAGUCAAUGAUUCUUCAUAUUCAAAAGGGCCAACGAUUCUUCAGAUUCAGUAGAGCCAAUGAUUUUUCAGUGGUUCUUCAGAUUCAAUAGAAUUAAUAAUUUUCCAGAUUUAAUUGGGCCAAUGAUUCUUCAGAUUCAGUUGGUCCAACACUUCUUCAGAUUCAGUAGGGCCAAUGAUUCUUUAGAUUUAGAGGGGCCAAUGAUUAUUUAGAUUCAGCAGUACCAGUGAUUCUUUAGAUUCAGUGGGGCCAACGAUUCUUCAAAUUCACUAGGGCCAAUGAUUCUUGAGAUUAAGUAGGGCCAACGAUUCUUCAAAUUCAGUGGGGCCAGCGAUUCUUCAGAUUCAGUAGGCCCAAGGAUUCUUCAGAUUCAAUAGGGCCAACGAUUCUUUAGAUUCAGUAGGCCCAAUGAUCCUUCAGAUUCAGUAGGGCAAAUUAUUCUUCAGAUUCAGUAGGGACUAUUCUCAGACUCAGUAGGGGCUUCUCAGACUCUGGAGCAGACAAUUACUUUUCCUUAGACCGAGUAGUGUCCGUAGUGCUUUAGACUCGAGAGGAAGCCAUCAAUCCUCAGUCUCAUUAGGAUCAAUGGUUCUUUAGACUCAGCAGGUCUAAUGGCUCCUGAUACCUAGAAGCUUCAUUGGCUGUGGUCCCAUGUCUUGGCAAGUGAAAUCAUCCUAAAUGUAGGGCUGCAUAUUUAAUUGUAUCGUCUGUCAUUUUUAUGAUAUUGGCUUUUUGCCAUUUUUAUCAUUCUCUAUAUUUAGGGUGAUUUAACUUACCGAAAUAUUUUUUGCAGCAUUCUUUCUCUCUAUCUUUCCCUCUCUUCUCUUCUCUCGCUUCUGGUACUGGACUGUACUUUUAUUAUUGUUAUUAUUAUUAUUAUUCCUCUGUCCUGUCCUUUCCUUGAAGGAGAGAUGGGAUAUCACAAUGCCUUGAUGUGGGUGUAUACAAACCUCUGUGUGUGUGUGUGUGUGAGGUGUGUAUGUGUGUGUAAGUUCGGAAAGAAGCCCACUGUUGUGAUUACCUAUUUUCAUCAUGUGCACUGUACAACAUUGCCCCCUACCUAUUCCUCAACAAUGGCACAGCAAUGCAAACAUACGGCUGUAUUGAUGUAACACCCCAGAUUGGCGCUGUGUGUGUGUGUGUAUGUGUGUGUGUGGAAAUACUGAAAAACUGAAAAUAGACCUGUUUGAGAAGUCAAUCCAGCAUGAAGAAGAGUUUCACUGAUCUGAUUGUUCCAGUUGCUUUGAGAGUCCUUUGGAAAUAAGGCCAGUACUUUCCCCAAGGCCAGGAAGCGCAAGCCAAAAAAAAAGUGGAGUGCACCAUAUAGGCUUUAAAUAUACACUCUACACUGCCCACUUUAUUAGACACACCUCCCUUGAGUUCCACUCAGCGGACACUUUAUUAGAAACACCUAACUUGUACGUCACCAGCUGGCCACUUUAUUAGAAAGACCUACCUUAGAGCACCACAAUAUAGAUGUUCAGGUACAGACUGUAGCCCAGCUGUUGCUGCAUAGUUCCUAAGCUUUCCUUUAUCUCAUUCAUUAUUAAACCAAGACUAGGAGCCCUAUUUUAGUGAUCUAUAGGCAAGUCGCCAACCAUGCACCGCACAGCUUAAUUUAGGGUGUGUCGAUGUGUCUUUGCUAUCAUAACAAUGGUAAAAGUAUGCCUUGUGCAGCUGCAAAAGAGCAAAAGGCAGGUACUAAUUCUUACUAUUAGUCAUGGGUGUGUUUUGGGCAUAAUGUGAAAUAAACCAAUCAGCUUGUCACUUGCAAUUCUCUUUAAGAGCCAGGUGUGCUCUAACUUUGGCAGGUUGGUAUUUUAAAUGCACAGUGCUUCUGCGCUCAUCAACAGAGGAAACUGACCUGCUCAUUUGAAAUGUGAAGUUGCGUGAGCAAGUCAUUUAUAGGAACAACAAUAUUAUUUUAUUCUGUAUUGUGUUUAUUGUUGAUGUAAAAGUUGGGUCUGUGCACUGCAGCGCACCUGUGUUGUCAAGAUAGCAAUGACCGUCUGACUGUUGAUUGUUGACUGUUGUCAGGGUUCUAAUUAGUCAGUGGUGCACCUCUAUUUUCCAUUUCCAAUAUAGCAACAAGCCAGAAAUUUACCUGAACACAUUUCACUUCCAGACCAUCACAUCCAUCAGUGUAGGUACAGCUCUGGAAAAAAAAUAAAUAAAUAAGAGACCACAUUUAAAUGAUGAGCUUCUUUGAUUUUACCAAAGUGGAUUCCUCUGUAAUAUAAUCAAGAGGAAGAUGGAUGAUCACAAGCCAUCAAACCAAACUGAACUGCUUGAAUUUUUGCACCAGGUGUAAAGGCAUAAAGUUAUCCAAAAGCAGUGUGUAAGACUGGUGGAGGAGAGCAUGCCAAGUUGCAUGAAAACUGAUUUAAAACCAGGGUUAUUCCACCAGAUAUUGUAUGAUUAUAAUAAAUAAUCUAAAUGACAAUUUUUUGUUGGAAUUUGGGAGAAAUGUUCGUAGUUUAUAGAAUAAAACAAAAUGUUCUUUUACUCAAACAUAAACCUAAAAAUAGCAAAAUCAGAGAAACUAUUUCAGAAACUAAAGUGGUCUCUUUAUUUUUUCCCGAGCUGUAUAUUCGUAAGCUCAUUUGAGACAUGCCUAUUUUUUUUAUAAAAUAUUAAAAAAUAAAAAUGACUUAAUACCUAGAAAAAAGAAUGAUAGUAAACCUUUUUUUGUGCUACAUAUAAAAUAAAAAUCUACAAAAGGUUUCCUACACAAUGUUAAGACCCCUUUAACAACAAAGUUAUAGCACGGCCAUGCUGAAAUCUGACUGUUAGAGAUGGUCCAAUGGUUUUGUUAAAAUAAAAACUGUACAAUAGUACAGUUGCCUGCUAACGUCAGUAUGUUAGCACUAAGCUAAUGCUAGCACAUAUAAACAUUUUUUUGUGUGUGUUUUAGAUCAUGAGUUUUAUCUCAAGUUCGUAACAGACACUAGUUUAUGUAACGCUAAUGCUGUCAGUUAAGAUCCAGAACUUCCAGAAGGACUACAAUGGUGUUGUUUUUUGGAUGAAACUGGUCACACCCACUUAUAUUGUGAAAUCAAACUGCGAUUGGUUAAAACAGAAUAAUGUUGUUGUUGAUUCAGUAGCAGUGUAUAAAGAGCCUGACCUCUUUCAAUUUCUUCCAUUAUACCAACAAUGACGAGAAAUGGUAGAGGACAUUCCUGAGCAGGUCCUUUUUUAAUUUAAUAUUUUAUAAAGUUAAAGAAAAAGUUAGAUAAAAAAUUAUAUUAAAAAAGUUUGGGAGCAUUUUGAACAAACCAUGAAAUAGCAUUAUUUUGAGGUAUUCUCCAUUGAUUGUGAAUAUGAUUUCUGCCAAGAGUUGUUUGUCUUUUUGUACAGACAACUCUAACCAGACACCGCCAGUCUUGAUCAUUAACAUCCACUGUGCUGCAUACUGCGGGUGGUAAUUCCAGGUUUACUUCUGACCUCACUCACAAGAUAACACCUUGCAACUUGUGGGCAUUUCCAAGCCAUCCCUUGGAAAAUGUAACGCACGAUCUGUUUACAUCUUGCUAUUCCAUGAUUUUUGGCAUGUGGGUGUACCUAGAUACCAAGCCAGAAUGCUUCUUUUAUGGUUGAGUAAGCAUCACGCUAAACUCUCUUUCUACUAUUAACUAUGCUUUUAAAUCUUAAGCCCUAUCUGGACCGGAUUCAUUUCUCAGGGGGGACGUCUGUGAAAAAUAUCUCGCACUUCUACUCUACUAGUGAUAAAACUCCUGCAUCCGGACUGCAAUUAAAAAAACAUGAGGAUCAGUGACUUUUUUUUUUUUUUGGCGUUCAGUAGCUCCUCUAUUUCCACUCGCUGUUGUGUUUUUACAUGGAUCUCCGUGGAAACGCGGAUAGCUAUUUAAAAAUAAAUAAAUAAAUGAAAUAAAAUAGCCAUUUUAUUAAUAGUUCAGCAAAAACUGUAGAUAAUUCAGCCUGUAAUUUUCUCAGAGUACUUCUGAGAAAAACACAUAUAUGGUCGUUCUGGACUGGAAUAAAAUAACAGAGGACCCCCCC